AUGGAUGGCCUUCUCAGGGCUCUCUUUCUCGACAAGGGCUUCACGGAGGAUCAACUUGAUACUAUCGAGGCACAAGACUCCGAGCUGCGCCAUGUGGGCGAUUUGGCCGCCGGUGCCACAUCAGAAGACGACGCACGCGUUUGGGCAGAGGAGUUGGGUCUCAGCAGCCGCGUGAGCAAAAGUCGCUUCGUGAGGUCGUGGAUCGAAGCAAGAUCUCAAGGCUCGUUGAGUCUUGAUGCCGGCUACACUCCCUCAGAACCUGCCAAGAGAGCGCCAUCUCCGGUUCAAGAGCCCCCGGUGGAGUCAAAGUUCGUGGAGGAGGAGUUGGCCGAUGACUGGAACUGGGUGAAGUUGUCUUCACAGGCAGAAAUGGCAAUGACACCGACACCGCAACAAGAGACCCGUGUGGCUUUGAGUUACAUCGACGGAGAGCCUGUCUCAAAGCCUGGAGGCAUCAGCGACAUGUUACGGAGUUCGUUGAGAUCUCACGGGCUCACCAGCAUUGAGGUGAGCCAAAUGGAGCAAACGUUGGAAGCCAGAAGCUGUAAAGCGCUGGCCACUGCUGCGUCCACCUUCGAGAGUGCCAUGAGGUUGGCGCGGCUUUGCGGCAUCCAAAGCAAAGUCUCCCAGGAGAACUUUGCGAAGGCAUGGCAUCAGGCAGCUGCCACAAUGAUCGCUUUGGAUGGAGGGAAGAAGUCGAAGCAGCUGGUGGAGUUGGUGAAGGACGAGGAUUGGGAGGCCUGUACAAAGCUGCUGAUGCAAAGAUGUCAAGUCUCAAAGCCAAAGGAGUUGUUGCCACUCCUACGAGGUUUGCUACAGCAAGUGGCCGAGCGGCAAAGGCUCAAGGUGGAAGCCCAAAGCAAGGCCGAAACGGCCAAGGUGCUUCCAACCUUGGCAUCGCUCUAUGGACCAGAGGCAGUGGCCGAGGCGGAGAAAAGCACCGCCAUGGCACAGGCAGAGUGGAGAUACUGUUGGAUGGUGCGCUCCUUCUUCACCGUGAGGACUUUAGCGAGUCUUCAGGCUGAGGUGCUCAAUGCAUACGAGGCAGAGGAGUUCCAGGCCGCAUGCGAAGCAUUGAACAAGACGUGGGUCAACGUGGAUCGCAUGCCCUUGGAUCAGAAGAUGCGAGCCAUCGAGGCUCUCUGCUUAGAAAAUGCCUUGAAGCGCAUCCUGCCAAGAUAUGGCUUUAAGCCUGAUGCUGAUGGCAUGGCAGAGAUGAAACAGGUCGUCACAGAGAUGUCCAAACUCGACACUGAGGUGCGUCGCAGACAGAUGCUGAUCACCGCGGCUGUCAUGAAGAAGUUUAAGCUUUGA